UUAUAUAACCUCUACAACAUGACUUGAGGCAGAAGAAGAGUUUUGACGGUUAGAGAUAUGGCCACAAACAGCAGAGAAGCCCGAAGGAGGAGGAUCCUGGAGAGAGGGUCCGACCGCCUAGCUCUAAUCACGGGUCGGAUCCAAACACUACCAUCUUCCUCUUCAUCACCCGACCCACAAACCCAGUUUGAAGAUACAACAACAAACCCAUCUUCUCCGCCGCCAACUUCCGAUGUUCAGGACCAAAUCGCCGAGUUGCCUUCUGAGAUUGAAGAAAACGAGUCUGAUUCAACAUUGCCAAGAAGCCAAUCUGAUACAAACACUGAAGCCUUGAGGGCCAUUGAUACCCAAGUCCAGCAACUCCUCUCCUCAUUAACAGCUCAAAAUGCACCACCACCACCGUCUCAAAAUCAAAGGCGGCCGCUUUUUACUGCCAGUGGAGUGAGUAGUGCCAUUGCAGAAACAGAAAGAACCCGCCUUUUGUUUUCGGUAGCAGUAGCAAUGUUGGUGGUUUUAGUUCAUCUGGGUUUUCCUUUGAUGGGGACUAGUAACAUAGUGAAGACCCUGUUGGGUUUUCGGCCGUUGUACUUGGUUUUGCUGACCAAUGUGACAUUUGUGCUGGCAAGGAUUCUUGGUAAGCAGAGAGCCUCUGAAAGGCCUGGAGAGAUUAGAACUUCGGCAGAAGGAAUUGAGUGGGUUGCGCAGUUAGGGAGGGCUGUAGAGAUAGGCUUGGUAGCGCAGAAGGUACUUGAUGCUCUGUUUAUGGAUUGUGCUGUGUAUGCAAUAAUAGUUGUAUGUGGUCUCUCUUCUGCGUAGCAAUUUCUCUAGGAAACUGUAUGUUUUUCUUUCUUGUUUCCGCUCAUAUCAGUGAAUCUUGUUGAAAUUGGAAGCGAAUUUCAAAUC